GGAAAAUUAGCGAGCAGUGAAAAGGAGACGUUUUUGUGGUCUUUGCUCAAAGGACUUUUACAUAAAAAGGGUAAACAACAAGUUCUGUUGCUAUAUAAAACACACAAGACCUCGUCAUUUCAUUGCUUGAAACGUUGGAUCCGCUAUCGCCAUGUUCCAUCGAGACGGAUCUAUCAAGAGAAACAACUCGAAGAGGAAGCAGCGUUACGAUACCUUUGACGAUGAGGCGCUUCUGCCACAUUCACAGUCACAUAGCAGUGGUCUGGAGAGGAAGGUCUCGUUGGUGAGACCGGAAAGAAACAACUUGAACAACCCGGAGAAUCCGCACUAUUACUAUGCACAGGUUGCUGCUCAAGAGCAGGAUCACUUGCAGGUGAACCCGUCCAGCACUGGUGUUGAUCCUAUUGCGCUGGAUCGUUCUGCUAGUAAAGGGAGCAGAACGUCGAGACUGAGGCUGCCCGAAGAAGAGGAUGAGCUAGUGGGGGCGUCUGGCGAUGCCACGACGACGGGGAUUGAGCUUAAUGAUUUGUCCAACGAAGACUCCGAGACUUCGUAUUCCGGCCCAUCUAAGGGCAGAACAGUGUACGGGUUGAACGAUGAGUAUGAAAGUCCCUUUAAAAGCUCAGGAAUCGGGAGAUCUGCAUCUUCAAAGAAUGCAAAAUCUGCUAAGAAAUCAUCGGAAAACAAAGAGGAGAAGAAAUUAUCAUUUUGGAGGUUGUACUGUUAUGUCAUCACCUUUUGGGCUCCAGGAUCGAUUUUAAAGCUGUUUGGAAUGCCUAAGAAAGAUCAGCAAAUGGCUUGGAGAGAAAAAAUUGCAUUGAUCACAGUUAUCUUAUACAUGGGUACUUUUGUUGCCUAUUUGACGUUUGGAUUUACACGUACGGUGUGCGAUAGCAGCACUUCAAGAUUAAGGAAUAACGAGAUUAAUUCUGGUGUAUUAAUCAUCAACGGUAAAGCAUACGAUUUGACAAGUUCGUCACAUCCUGCUGCAGCGGGAAUCACUGCAGGUACCAACGUUUUAUACCCUCCAAUUAACGCUGGUGGAAUGGAUGCCUCAUUCUUAUUCCAGAACGUCAACGGUAACUGCAGAGAACUGAUCACUCCAAGAGAUAACUGUACCAUUCCAAAUGAUGAUGGCAACUUGGCCUGGUAUAUGCCAUGUAAGUUGUUCGAACACGAUGGUUCAAGUACUCCAAACUUUACCUAUAACGGAUAUUACGAUGGAUGGGCUUGUCAUACUUCACAAUCCGCAAGAGAUGCUUAUUACGGAUUGACCAGCGUUGGUGACGUUUAUUUCACAUGGGAUGACGUUAAAAACUCUUCAAGAAACUUGGUUGUUUAUUCUGGAAACGUGUUAGAUUUGGACCUCAUUGAUUGGAUCCAGUACACUGAUCUUGAAUACCCAGCAUUGUUUGACGAGUUAAAGGAAUCCGAUAUGGCUGGAUACGAUGUAUCGCUUCUGUUGGCAAAUUCGGCUGAUAAAAGAGCCGCAAGAUGCUUGUCUGAAAUUGUCAAAGUUGGUGUUGUAGAUUCCGAAAGCGUUGGUUGUAUAGCUUCAAAAGUUGUGCUUUACGUUUCAUUGGUGUUCAUCUUGUCUAUUGUUGUUGUGAAAUUUGCAUUUGCCUGCUAUUUCAAAUGGGUUGUUGCUCCAAGACAAGGUGCAGACAUCGUUGACUCAAAGACAAUGAACGAAAGGGACAACGAAAGAGAGGAUUGGGCUGAAAAUGAGUAUUCUUUGGGACCAAUCAGUGAACCGAACUUGACUAAGCGUUCGUCGAGAUUGGACUUCCUUAAGAACAACAGAUUAAGCAUGUACGAUCUUGAUCAAAUCGCAGACGGUGAUACAAAUAUGUAUAAUUCAAGUGAUAGUGGAAUGACAACAAUGGCUCUUCAAGCGGCAAGACAGAAUCAAAUGGAGGCUAGGAACAGAACACUCACGAGACGUACUUCUCAUUUGGAUCUGACGCCAUUUGGAUCUAAAAAUCCAUCAGUAUCAAAUCUCAAUGCAAUGAUGGAAAUCAACGACUUGGACCCAGAUGUUAUUCAUCCAAAUGUUGUUCCCCAACCACCAGCAAAUUUCCAACCCUUUGGUUAUCCGUUGGCCCACACUAUGAACCUAGUCACUUGUUAUUCCGAAGACGAAGCCGGUUUGAGAACUACACUUGACUCCAUCGCAACAACAGACUAUCCAAACUCUCAUAAGUUGAUUGUUAUUCUUUGUGACGGUUUGAUCAAAGGUUCGGGUAACGAUAAAACUACACCUGAUAUUGCAUUGUCAAUGAUGACAGAUUUUGCAGUUGAACCGGAGAAUGUUCAACCGUAUUCUUACGUUGCUGUGGCACAAGGUACCAAGAGACACAACAUGGCAAAGGUAUAUGCUGGCUUCUACAAAUACGAUGCUGCUACAGUACCCCAAGAGAAACAACAAAGGGUGCCAAUUAUCUGUAUUGUAAAGUGUGGUACUCCAAGUGAGGCUAACUCCGCUAAACCAGGUAACAGAGGUAAACGUGAUUCACAAAUCAUUUUGAUGUCAUUCUUACAAAGAAUCAAAUUUGAUGAAAGAAUGACAGAGUUGGAGUAUGACAUUUUGCUUAACAUUUGGAAGGUUACUGGAUUGCUUGCUGAUAUGUAUGAGAUUGUUCUUAUGGUUGAUGCUGACACAAAGGUUUAUCCAGAUUCUUUAACACAUAUGGUUGCAUCUAUGGUCAAAGACCCUAUGAUCAUGGGGCUCUGUGGUGAGACAAAGAUUGCCAAUAAACGACAAUCAUGGGUUACUGCAAUUCAAGUCUUUGAGUACUUCAUUUCACAUCAUCAGGCAAAAGCUUUCGAAUCCGUAUUUGGAGGUGUUACUUGUUUACCAGGUUGUUUCUGCAUGUAUCGUAUCAAGGCUCCAAAAUCUUCCGAUGGAUAUUGGGUUCCUAUCUUGGCCAACCCUGAUAUUGUGGAAAGAUACUCUGACAAUGUUGUUGAUACUUUACAUAAGAAGAACUUGUUGCUAUUAGGUGAAGAUCGUUUCCUUUCCACUUUGAUGUUGAGGACUUUCCCAAAGAGAAAGCAAGUGUUUGUUUCCAAGGCUGUCUGUAAGACUAUCGUUCCUGAUAAAUUUAAAGUGUUGUUAUCUCAAAGAAGACGUUGGAUUAACUCAACAGUCCAUAAUUUGAUGGAGUUGGUUCUUGUCAAAGAUUUGUGUGGUACGUUUUGUUUCUCCAUGCAAUUCGUCGUUGGUAUAGAAUUGAUCGGUACGUUGGUUUUACCAGCAGCCUUGACCUUUACUCUUUACGUUGUUAUUGUGGCUAUUGUUUCCAAACCAACCCCUGUUCUUUCUCUUGUUCUUUUAGCUAUCAUUCUUGGUAUUCCGGGAUUACUCAUUGUUGUAACAGCAUCACGCUGGUCAUACUUGGGUUGGAUGGUGAUCUACCUUGGUGCCCUUCCAAUUUGGAAUUUUGUUCUUCCUUCUUAUGCAUACUGGAAGUUUGACGAUUUUAGUUGGGGUGAAACCAGAACCAUCGCUGGUGGCGAUAAAGGCCACGAAGAUGAAGGUGGUGACUUUGAUCAUUCCAAGAUUAAAAUGAGAAGAUGGAAAGAGUUUGAAAGAGAGCGUUUAGCAGAAAGUGAUGGUCUCGCGGUUCCACAAAGCACUUGGAAUCCAGCAGAUCACAAGGGACCUUAUGUUGAAGUGGAUGAGGCUUAAGAAGGCCGAUUGGCGUCCAUUUUGACUUAUUAUUUACAUUUACAUUUAGUUUCUUUAUUUUUCUUAUAGAAGCAAAGAUACUAUAUGAAGCAUUA